AUGUCCAGGUCAGACUACCCUCCAGGGUAUGACGACUCCAGGGGCCCGCUGUACCCGCCUCAGGGUGGGAAUUACCCAGCACCCCCUGCGUAUGGCUUCCCAUCCUAUGGUGGUCCGCAGCCAGGUCAGCCCCCUGCUCCCUACCCCACCGGUCCAAACACCCCCCUGUACCCAGGCCAGCCUGGAGGCUAUGCUCCUGGCCCAUAUCAAGGACAGCCUCACCCUGCUGGGCACCCAGGGGGGCGCUACCCCAACCCCCCGCCUAUGCCCCCUGUCAUGCCACCCACCAUCCCAUCAGACAUCCUGAGCUCUGGUGAUGAUUUUGCGGCGAGCGAUGGCGGUUGGGACAGUAUGAGCAUUCGACACGCCUUCAUCAGGAAGGUGUACAUGAUUUUGGCGGCUCAGCUCCUCCUCACCACAUCCAUCGUGGCAGUAUUCACAUUUGUCGAGCCUGUCCGAUAUUUCGUACAGAGAAACCAAGCCAUCUACUGGGCGUCAUAUGCUGUGUACUUCAUUACCCACAUGGUGCUGGUCUGCUGUAAGGGCCCCCGGAGGAAGUUUCCAUGGAACGUCAUUCUGCUGCUCAUCUUUACUUUGGCUUUGUCCUACAUGACUGGAAGCAUUUCUAGUUUUUACGACACAAAGGCAGUGUUUCUCGCUCUGGGCAUCACUGCUGUCGUCUGCAUCGCUGUCACCGUCUUCUGCUUCCAGACAAAGGUGGAUUUCACAAAGUGCCAGGGCUUUUUCUGUGUGCUCGGGAUCGUAGUUUUUGUGACGGGCAUCAUUACAACCAUCGUGCUUUCCUUCAAAUAUAUGCUGUGGCUUCACAUGCUGUAUGCAGCAAUAGGAGCCAUAGCCUUCACCAUGUUCCUAGCGUACCACACACAGCUGCUGAUAGGAAACAGGAAGCACUCUAUCAGUCCGGAGGAGUACGUCUUCGCCGCCCUCUCCAUCUACGUCGACAUCGUCCAGAUCUUCAUCUUCCUGCUUCAAAUUAUCGGUUCUUCGACCAAAUAAGUCUACCAAAGACACAAUGACCAACUGCGGUCGACCGGGUGCAGAAUCAUUACCUUUAAAAAAAAAAAGAAAAAAAAAAAAAAGCUUUGCUUUGUUGUGGAUAACAAUACAUUUAUAAAAGUCAUGAUGCACUCCAGGAGAAAAAUGGAAGGGCUGAAUGAGAUUAUGUCAUAGUAUAGGUCAAUAUGGUCAAUCCUAUGAACAAAAAACACACUUUUUCUAAAGUCCAUACUUGUUUGUAUCUGCAUUGGCAGCUUGCCAGUUAUCAAAGAUUACUGAUACUGCAACAUGAAUACCACAAAUAUUUAUGGACACAAGAAAGAAAGUGACAUUUAAUCACUCUCACUGGAUUUAAUCAAACGUGUUCCUCUGCAUGUUAAUGUACAUUUAAACAUUCACAUAAACUUCUGUAUUAAUGUUGAAUAAGAGGGUAUUUAUGUUCGCUCUGUUGUUCGCUCUCCAACAUACCUGUACGUACAGUAAAGGUGAGCAGUAAAACAUAAUGUGGUCGACAUCAUCAGAGCUGGGAUGAUGAUAUCCAUUCUGAUAAUAAUUAUCGUUGUACAAGCUGCUUGUGUUCUGUCUUGGCGGCAGGAGAAAUGUGUCAUGGUUCAUGAAGGGAGUGAAUUAUUAAAAGCUUCUCCUAAAUGUUUUUUUUUUUUUAUUUGGGCAUUUUUGUAAUUGUAAUUUGAAGUUACUUCAAGAAAAGUUUUUUCUUUGUUUUCCUGUAAAGAGUUGGACAUUAGGACAGAUACCGCUCUCAUGUCUUUACUGUAGAUUACAGUAAAGUGUUCAGUUUGUUCGCUCAGUAUGAUAGUGAGGGGGAAACAGCUAGCUUGUCUUUGUCUUGAAGUAAAUCAUCUGCCUUAAAACAUCUCUUAAAUACUUGUUCUAAACAUUUUUUUCUUUCAUACAUCUUAAACAUGAUAAAGUGAAUAACAAUCCACUUUUUUGUUGGACUCUAGAAGUCACUUUUAUAAAAAAUCUCUGUUACCGGACCUUUAAUGUUUAUACCUCAAUAUUUGGUGCUGAUUAAACAAAUGAGAUCAAACAUGUUGAUUUGAAAGCUUUAGAUUUGUUGGUCAUUAGUUUGUCACCUUUAGACAGAGCCAGGCUAGCAGUUUCCCUCAGCCUCCAGUCUUUGUGCUAAGCUAAGCUAAGCUGCUGCCGAUUGGCUGUGGCUUCAUAUUCACUGAACACACAUUUUAGUGGUAUUGAAAAAACCGCAUCUAACUCUUAACAAGUCAAAACAAUAUUGUUAAAAAAUAUAAUAUGAAAUAUAAUAUAAACUCUUUUUAAAUGCAUGUUACAGGACAAACGUGUACAACUGUUUAUUGUGCAAACUGUCUGAACCAACGACUCAGUUGAACUAAAAAGUGUUAAUGUGCCCUAAACAACAAUAGUUAUGAUGGUAGCCUAAGUACCCAAAUACACUGGGUAUCAAUACUAUGACUAUUGACCCCUGAUAUACAUCUCACCCUCAGAUCUGCUCUGUGUUCAUAUAGUCAAACCUUUACUCAUAGUCUGUAAUACAAGUGUUGCUAUGGUAACUAUACACAUCCUUAAUCACUACAGUGCCUUGACAAUGUUUCUGAGAUGAUAUUUUUUACUUGAAGUACAGGUGCAGUAGUACUCAUAUAGGAUAUGUUACAUACUGUUUGUCUCUGUUUUCACGUUUUCUUGUGUUACAGUCAGAUUCAGGUCGGAUACAGAGCGUCAGCAGGAUGAGUUGUUCCACACAGGAUAACACAAUAAACUCUGUGGUGUUAAAUUAUUGGAACAUUCCUGAAUGUUGGAGUUUCAGCUGAUGUGGAGCUUGUUCCCACCGCUGCUCCUCCACGUGUGUUCAUAUUGAAGUUAGAUACAGUAUAACCACAACUCCAAAGAAAACGAAGGCAAACACUGUAAAUAUGCAGUGCAGAGCAGUGUGCUGUCAGUAUAACACAUGAAUGAUGAGGACAAUCUGUUUGCCUUUUAUAUCAAAUAAAGAUUUGUAUUUGUGAGUUUUUAUGUGGCUCAUUAUUGUUGUACCACUGAGUUUAGAUUUUUACAAGUUUAUACAAUCAAAAAUAAACUUUAUUUUCUUUGUUAUACUGUAUUAAUCAAGAUACAAUGAAAUGCUCAAUCUCAAAGAGUGAUUUCCAAACAUUUGGACCAAAUGUUUCAUUUUUUAAAUAACGUGCAGGUUAAAACCCUUACCAAGCUGCUCCAGUAGUUUUCUUCAGCUUGCAGCUACAACACAUCUGUAACAGCUGCAAAGUUAUCCUUCAGGUAAAUGCACCAAGUCAAGGUACAUUUACAAAAUGUGCUUGUUUUUGUCACUGACAGCCUCGUACACAGUUAUGGAAAGUAUCCCUACAGAAAAAUAUGCUGCUUUAAAACUAAAAGCAAGUGUUACAUUGCUUCAUUCAAAGCCACCAUACUCUGUUGAAAAAAAUAAAAUUUUACCCUCACAGAA